GGAAGAUCGUGCAGUAGUUCAUGUGUCUUCUUUUCUUUUACACGCAUCGCAUUUUUGUUCCCCUCUACACCGCACGUGUGUCAUCUCGCGUUUUUUAGCCUAUUUAGCGAAGCGUUUUGAUUUAUACCGACUGCAAACAGCCACAGAUAGAAACCGCCUCUGCUCGCUUUUCUUUAAUCUGGAGAAAUAGUCAAUUAUGUCCGGACAAAGGAACUCAUUUGAACAAAGUAAACGAAACUGAAAACGGCCAAAGCUUAAGCCUCUGCCUUUAACAGUAAGUUGAUUUUGUAUCUCUGCUGUCACAUUAUUUCCUUAUGGAAUGUCCCAGACAUUGAACGCAACAGCAACGUGGCCUUAAAAUCUUAUAUGCUGGCUCUUCUGCAUGCCUGUCUAAAGCAGAUAAAGAAUGGGAAAGAAGAGGGGGAAAAACAGGAGCUUCAGAGAGGAUGAGGACAUUGAUCUGUCUGGUCCAUCCUGCAGACAUAUCAGGAAAGGUACUGACCAAACUCUUCUGAAGAAACUGUCUGCUGUUUCUGAUUGGACCAAUUGUCAAGAUUGUAAGCAUGAGGAGAAUAAAGAAAAUAUCUGCCAGACUGAACCAGAGGAAUCAGAGGAAAAGGAAACCGUUGGUGUAUGGAUGUGCUUGAAAUGUGGGCAUAGGGGAUGCGGGAGGCAUUCUGAGAACCAACAUGCCAUCAAACAUUAUGAAACUCCUCGCUCAGAUCCACAUUGCCUGGUGGUUAGUUUGGACAACUUGAGCGUAUGGUGUUACCUAUGUGAUGAUGAGGUCACAUAUUCAAGUACAGGGCAACUGGCACAGCUGGUGAAAAACCUGAACAAGCAGAUCUCCACAGAUCCCAUGAAGAGACCACAGAAAAGAGUGAAGGAGGAUGUGGAUGUGUUGGAGGUUAAACAGGAGACAGAAACUGUAAACCCAGAAGAUGGUGAGGACAAGGAAAACAAAGACACCAGGAAUAAACAGCGGAAAAACAUCAAAAAAGAGAAUGUUGGAAAAUCUCCAACCCACAACACAGUUGAAGAAAAUGACAGUGUUCCAGUCAAAGGGCUGAGCAACCUUGGAAACACUUGUUUCUUCAACGCAGUCCUGCAGAAUCUUUCACAAACUCAGCUUCUGAGACAAAUCCUCAACAAAAUAACAGAAGAGAAAAUGAUCCUCGACAUUCAACCUGAUCCCUCUUUGGGUCUGGAGCCUAUAUCAGUGCCAUUAGAUCAGCCUGGAUCUCUAACAUUGGCUAUGUGUAAACUACUCAAUGAGAUCCAGGAGUCCAAAAAGGGUGUGGUAACGCCUCGCGAGUUGUUCUCACAAGUUUGUAAAAAGGCUGCCAGGUUUAAAGGAUUUCAGCAGCAAGACAGCCAGGAGCUGCUGCGGUACCUGCUGGAUGGGAUGAGAGCUGAGGAGCUUAAAAGAGUAAGCACAGGAAUAAUGGAGAGUUUAAAACAAUCAAGUAAAGGUGCAGAUGAAGACGAGCUAAAAGCUGUAGUUAAAGAGUAUGAGAAAAAUGGAGUUCCUAAAAACUUUGUGGACCAUGUGUUUGGUGGUGAAACGACCAGCACAAUAAUGUGCCAGCAGUGCAAAACGAUUUCUGUUGUCACAGAGAUGUUUUUGGAUCUCUCUCUUCCUGUUUCCGAUGAGGCCUACAGAAAGAAAAACCCCAAAAAAGGAAACCGUAAGACCAGUGAGUCAAGUCAGGAUGGUAGAGAGAGCCCUGAUUUGACCAGAGGGAAUGAUGACACUUCAAUUGGAUCCGGUAGCAAAUAUCAACAAAAAAAAGCUAAAAAGCAGGCAAAGAAGCAAGCCAAGCAUCAAAAACGGCAGCAGAAGCUUGAAACCAUAAAGACUUUAGGAAAUCUGACAUUUCCAAGCGAUGCAAAUGGUGAACCAACUGAUGUAACUGAAAAUCCAAAAGACGCAGAGAACGUGGACGAUGCGCCAUGCGACGAAGCCUCAUUGAAUGAACAAGAUCCUGAACCUGUCUGUGUAUCUGAGCAGGAUGAGGCUGUCGAGCAGGAGAAAGAGGAGGACAAGGAUUCAGUGACUGACAGUGUCUCGUUAGCCGAUUCUCCUGUCAGUAACCGUUUUAAUGUCUUGUCAGAGGAACAGCACUCGCAUGACGGCGCUUCCUGUAAUGAAAUGUCGAACGCGGAUCUGGAAGGAGAACUGGACACGCAGCUGGCAAAUAAACUGGAACAGGUGAAUUUAGAUGACGCAUUUAUAGACCCUGAUGCCAUGGAGCCGGCCGCGGAGAGCGAAGACGAAGCUGCAGAGGAUAUGGAAUAUACAGUGAUAAACCAAGACCCAGAGACGGCCUUCGACACGCUCUCAACCAGGACAAGCCCAGAGAAACAGGAGUGUUCGGUGCAGUCUUGCCUUUUUCAGUUCACCGAAGUGGAAACUCUCACACAGAACAACAGCUUGCUGUGUGUCACCUGCACCAAGCAACGUAGGAGGAAAGAAAAAGCUGGAGGAUCUGAAAAAAACAUCUACACCGACGCCUUAAAGCAAAUGUUGAUCUCCUCCCCACCACCUGUACUUACCCUUCAUUUGAAAAGAUUUCAGCAGAAUGGAUACAGCAUUUGUAAAGUGAACAGACAGGUUCAGUUUCCUUUGAUUUUGGAUCUUGCUCCUUAUAGUUCAACCAAAUGCAAGAAUAUCUCUGAAGGAGACACUCAGAUUCUGUAUAGCCUGUAUGGCAUCGUAGAGCACAGCGGGACCAUGAGGUCAGGCCAUUACACCGCCUAUGUAAAAGUUCGACCUAAAUCUCCAUUAAAUGAUAAAAAAGCAGAUGCAGAGCCCCCUAGAGGAUCCUGGUUCAACAUCAGUGAUACAAGUGUUCAACCUGUCAGUGAAAGUAAAGUUCAAAGCUGCCAAGCCUACCUCCUCUUCUACGAAAGACUCCUCUAACUUUUAUGUCCAUAUGUACUCAGGAAAGACUGACCAAACCUGCUGCUUCAAAUUAAACUGCACAAGAAAUCUUAUUCAGGACUUUGAAACUGAGUUUGUUUUGAGUUCAUUAGUAUAGGUGCUCUGCUGAAUAUGUGAGUAAUUUUACUCAUAAUUAACAUUAAAUCAACCAGGAGAGGUGAAUGAAAAUCUAUAAAAUGUAUAUCUGUCAUUUACAGGGCUGCCAACUUUUCACCUUGGGGUGAGAUAUUGAAAUAGUUUUGACAGGAAACCUGUCAGGGUUACAUGAGGAUAGGUGCAGCUAUAGGUUGGAGGAUUUCAGAGAAUUUAACUGAAACAAAGUGGCAAAAUGUGGAAUUUUUAUAGCACAGUAAAUCUUACUGAGUAACAACUGGUCUGUAGUUAUGUGUAUCAUUUUUCUCACAAUAUACAUUAUUUUCUACA